AUGCUCAAGCGAUACGACGAAGCCAUCAGGGACUGCAAAUCGGCAACCGAGCUCGAUCCCCACUAUAUCAAAGCCUAUCUUCGCGGCGCCAAGUGCAACGUGAAUCUGGGCAACUUCACCCAGGCGAGCCUGCUGCUGAGCCAAGCCAAGGAGGUGUGCCUGAGCAACAACGAUCUCCAAGUCAAUCUCUCCGCCAUCGAGAAGGAGAUUGCCGCUCUGACCAAGCUCCAGGCGGCCUACGAGGGUGCUCGGUCACUCCUGGACCGGGGCGAUUCCAACAAGGCUCUCGAGUCUCUGGAGGACGCCAUGAUCGUGCUUGAGCCCACGCUCAAGUCGUCUGUAUCGUACACCAAAAGCGCAUCUCGAUUCAUCGGUGCCGAUCUCAGCCCCAUCCCCCCGAAAUGGCGACUGCUGCGUGCCGAGUGCAUGGUGGGCUGCAAGGAACUCGAGGAAGCCAACCGUGUUGUCUCAUGGAUUCUGAUGGAGGACCGGUCCAACUCGGAGGCUCUCACCCUCCGCGCCUACCUGCUCUUCAUGAACGACACUCAGACCGUCGCCCAGAUCCAGCAGGUUCUGUCCAAUGCGCUGGCAUAUGACCCCGACAACGCCAAGGCCCGUACCCUUCUGAAAAAGAUCAAGCUGGUUGACUCGAUCAAGAAGGAAGGCAACGAUGCCUUUUCCAACGGGCUGUGGACCGAUGCCGUUGAUGCCUACACGCGCUGCCUGGACGCCAACACCGACGGAGGCAUCGUGCGCGUGAAGGUUCUCAGCAACCGCGCUAACGCCAAGAGCAAGCUCGGAAACCACGGAUCGGCUGUUGCCGACUGCUCCGAGGCCCUCAAGCUGCUCGAGAUUCUGUCGUUCCCUGACAUGGGCAACUCCAUCCAGUCGGGCUUGUUCCUCAAGCUGCUUCUGCGACGAGCGGAUUGCUACAUGAAGCUCGAGAGCUACGAGGAGGCUGUGCGCGACUAUGGAACCGCCGGCAACGUCAAUCCACAGGACCACCAGAUCAAGAGUGCCCUGCGAAGUGCCCAGCAAACCCUCAAGCAGUCCAAGAAGAAGGACUACUACAAGAUUCUGGGUGUGCAGCGAUCGGCCGACGAGAGCGACAUCAAGAAAGCCUAUCGCAAGAUGGCCCUGCAACACCACCCUGAUAAGAAUUCGGGUCUGUCGGAGGAGGAAAAGUCGCUGGCCGAGACCAAGUUCAAGGAGAUCAGCGAGGCCUACAGUGUGCUGUCGGAUCCCCGGAAGAAGAACAUGUUCGACUCUGGCAUGGACAUUGACGGCUCGUCUGCCUCGGACGGCAUGAACGGCUUCAGCCCGUUUGGCGGCGGCGGCGGCAUGCACGGCAUGCACGGCAUGCAUGGCAUGCAGGGUAUGGAUCCUGAGAUCCUCAACAUGUUCUUUGGCGGCGGCCGGAUGGGCGGCCAGGGCGGUUUCCGAUCCAACUCGGGAUAUUCGUCGCAGGGCUUCUCGUCCCAGGGCUUCCCCUUCUAG